ACUCUAAUUUCUCGAGAUUUCGAUCAAAAUUUGAAGAUAUCAAGCAUGAGUGCGCCAGCAAAAAUAAAAAAGUUAGACGAAGUUGUAGUAAAUAGAAUCGCUGCUGGUGAAAUAAUACAAAGACCAGCAAAUGCAUUAAAAGAAUUAAUAGAAAACAGAUUCAAGACAAUGGAACAGGUAUCAGAAAAGAAGAUAUGGAAAUUGUUUGUGAAAGAUUUACAACAAGUAAAUUACAAACAUUUGAAGACCUUCAGGCAAUAACAACUUUUGGAUUUCGUGGUGAAGCUUUAGCAAGUAUUAGUCAUGUAUCACUUUUAACAAUCACAACAAAAACUACAGAUGAAAAAUGUGCUUAUAAAGCAUCAUAUGUUGAUAGUAAACUAAAAGCACCACCUAAAUCAUGUGCUGGCAAUCAAGGUACUACGAUAUUGAUUGAAAAUUUGUUUUAUAAUGUUGCAACAAGAAGAAAGGCUUUGUGCAAUCCAAGCGAAGAAUUUAACAAAAUUUCAGAUGUAGUUACAAAAUAUGCAAUACAUAAUUCUACUGUAGGAUUCACAUUAAAAAAACAUGGUGAAAUUACACCUCAGGUCCGUACACAACAUAAUUCAACUAAAAUGAAUAACAUAAGAAUACUUUAUGGUAAUCCUGUAUUUCGUGAAUUAUUAGAAGUGGAACUUAAAGAUGAUACCUAUAAAUUUAAAAUGCAUGCUUUAAUAACAAAUCCAAAUUACACAAACAAGAAGAUGAUAUUUCUUUUAUUCAUUAAUAACAGAUUAGUAGAAUCUUCUUGUAAGUUUUAUAGUAACAAAAAGAAUUUAUACCCACAAAUGAUCUACAACUAUUUUAUUUCAGCUAUUCGAAAAAUGUUGGAAGAACUUUAUACAUUUUAUCUUCCAAAAAAGAACUAUCCAUGGUGUUAUAUAUCUCUAGAAAUUAAUCCACAAAAUGUUGAUGUUAAUGUACAUCCAACAAAACAUGAAGUUAAAUUUCUUCAUGAAAAUUCUAUUAUUGAAAGAAUGAAACUUGCUUUAGAUGAAAAACUCUCUGGCAAUAGUGGUUCUAAAACAUUUUAUAUACAAGCACGGUUACCAAAAGCAGAUAUUACCAAAGAAGUUUUAAAAGAAGUUUUACCAGAGUAUGAAAAAGAUAAAAGUGACAAAAUGAAAAAAAUUCAUCCUCGAGAAAUGAUCAGGACUGAUUCAUCUGAUCAAAAGUUAGACAAAUUUAAUUUUACUAUUCACACAGCAAUGGAAUAUGCUAAAAAUAAUGAUAUUGAUUUUGAAAAUGAAAAAGUUGAAAAUAUCGAUAAGAAUGAUGAAAAAGACGUAAAUAAAAUACAGUGUUUAACAGAUGUAACUGAUAUAGAAGAAAAAGAUAUAUCGACGCAGAUUAAACCAGUAACAACAGAAAAGUCUAAUACUCCAUGGAGCAAUGUCAUAGAUGAUACAAGUCCUUCUGUGACAAGCUCCGCAGUAUUUGAUGAGUCUAAUUUAAAUUUAUCUAUUCAAAAUAUUAACAAGGAACAGUGUGAAUCCAAUUAUGAGCAAGACAUUUUAGAAAUAAAUGAUAAAAUUGAUAAAAGUGUAGCAGAUGAUUCUAUGAAAGAUGAUUCUAUGAAAGAAAAAUGUAUCGACGUUAUCGCAGAUAAAGCACGUAAACAAGUGUAUAAAUACUUUGGAAAUACAAGCAAACUAGAAAGAAAAAAUACAGAUGAAGAUAAUAUAGAUAAAGAAGAAAAAAAUGUAUUUGAAAAACCCAAUGAAUCGGAAAUUGUUACUGAAGAGACGCCAAGAGAAACUAAUGAAAAUAAAAAUUCGUAUGAAUUCAAAUCCUACUCAAUAAACAAUUUUAGACGAGAAGUCAAACUGACAAGUGUCUUAAAAUUACGUAUAGAAGUAGAAAACGAAUGUCACGAUGGUUUGAAACAUAUUUUAUCAGAAUUAAGUUUCGUUGGCUGUAUAGACCAAUCUUCAGCUUUAAUUCAAAGUGGAGUUAAUUUGUACCUUUGUAAUACACAAAAAUUAGCGAACCACUUCCUUUAUAUGAUAUAGCUAUGUUAGGAUUAGAUACUGAAGAAGCUGGAUGGACAAAGGAAGAUGGAUCAAAACAGGAAUUAGCCACAAAUGUUAAAGAAUUAUUAUUAGAGAAAGCAGACAUGUUAAAAGAAUAUUUUUCCAUUGUUAUAGAUAAAAAAGGAAAUUUAAAAUCUUUACCAGUAUUAUUAGAAAAAUAUUUUCCAUCUAUAAGUGGUCUUCCUCUUUAUAUAUUACGUUUAGCUACCGAAGUAGAAUGGUCGUCAGAGCAACCAUGCUUUCGAACCGUUUGUAGAGAAACAGCAAAAUAUUACAGUCAAAUGAGUUCUACACAUGAUACUCAUGAUUGGAAGUACAUUACAGAACAUGUUUUAUAUGCUGCAAUUAAGGAGAGUUUCCUGCCCCCUAAACAUUUUGCACAUGAUUCAACAAUAUUACAAAUAGCCAAUUUGCCUGACUUGUAUAAAGUUUUUGAAAGAUGUUAGAUAUUUACGACAAAAUUGAUGUAUUAUAAAAACUAAAUAUUAUUUGUUUAAUAAUAAAUUCAGUUAUAUAUAUUAUGAUAAAAAAUCGUAUUUAUUAUAUUGACUGUAAAUUUAUAUUUAUUUUUGCAAAUUUUAUAAUAAAUUUUUUACUGAAUUAAAUAUUACCUUUCUAUAUUAUUUUAAUGGAAUGUAAUAUGGUAUAAUAAAAGAUAUAAUAUUUAAAUACAUACAGAUCUAUUUCUCAAUCAAAGAAACAUGA